AUGGGCACUAGUGCCAGGGCACUCAGAAAGGUCCAGCAUUUGAUAUACCAUCGUAGGCUUUCCUACAAUAUAGCCUCUAACAAAACUAGGCUGUCCCGAACCCCGGGUAAUAGAAUUGUUUACCUUUAUACCAAGAAGGUUGGGAAAUCAACAAAAUCUGCAUGUGGCAUGUGCCCAGGCAGAUUUCGAGGAGUUUGUGCUGUGAGACCUAAAGUUCUUAUGAAAUUGUCCAAAACAAAAAAACAUGUCAGCAGGGAAUAUGGUGGUUCCAUUUGUGCUAAAUGUGUUGAUGACAGGAUCAAGCAUGCUUUCCUUAUCGAGGAGCAGAAAAUUGUUGUGAAAGCGUUGAAGGCACAAGCACAGAGUCAAAAAGCUAAAUAAAAAAUGAAAAUUUUGC